AGUUCGAAUUGUCUAGUGUGCGUCUGUAGUUCUCUGCAUGUAUCGGGGAUGAGAAGGGAAGAAAAUACUAGAAAGCGACAGCGGAUAAUGCAUCUAUAAACGUUUAUUGGAUUAGUAUAUGGAAAGGCUCCGUCAGACAAAAGCAAGAAAAGAGACCGAUCUUGAUCGCGUUGGGCAUCCAGCAAGAACUGACCAGAUCACUGUGACCUGAAUGUAACACACAUAGCGUAACCUGAUCAAGGAUCAUUUUUUUUCAUCGAGAAGACCAAUCAACAAAAGAGACUCAAAAGCUGAUGAAACCCGUCACAUGUCACGUCUAUGAAUCCCCCUUUCUGUGAGUUAGUUCCUUUUUGUUGCUGACUUGUUCUUCAGCAGAGGUUAUAUUGUUCAGCUUCCUGCCUGUUGUAUCGAUUAGAGCAACUAUGAGUUCUCACGACUCGGAGGUGUACACCGUGGCUCCGGAGAUGCCGGCCAUGUUUGACGGGGUGAAGCUGGCUGCAGUGGCCACUGUCUUAUACAUUAUUGUGAGGUGCCUGAACCUGAAGAGCCCCACCGCUCCCCCAGACCUCAUCUACCAGGACACAGCCCUCAACCGCUUCCUGCUUAAGUCCUGCCCUCUCCUGACCAAAGAGUACAUUCCUCCUCUUCUGUGGGGGAAAAGUGGACAUUUACAGACGGCCUUGUAUGGGAAGAUGGGCAGGGUUAGUUCACCACAUCCAAAUGGCCAUCGCAAGUACCUUCCCAUGCAUGAUGGGGCCACAGCCACCUUUGACCUCUUUGAGCCCCUGGCAGACCAUCAAACUGGAGAUGAUGUUACCAUGGUGAUAUGCCCAGGAAUUGGAAACCACAGUGAGAAGCACUACAUCCGCACUUUUGUAGAUUAUUCUCAGAAACAGGGCUACAGAUGUGCUGUGCUCAAUCACCUAGGAGCCUUACCAAACAUUGAGCUCACAUCUCCACGCAUGUUCACCUAUGGCUGCACCUGGGAGUUUGCAGCCAUGGUGGGCUACAUUAGGAAGGCUUAUCCCCAGACCCAGCUUAUAGUGGUGGGGUUCAGCCUUGGUGGGAACAUUGUCUGCAAGUAUCUGGGAGAGAGUCGUGCCAAUCAGGAGAGAGUGCUGUGCUGUGUUAGCGUCUGCCAGGGCUACAGCGCACUCAGGGCACAGGAGACAUUCCUGCAGUGGGAUCAGUUCCGACGCUUCUAUAACUUCCUGAUGGCAGACAACAUGAAGAAGAUCAUUCUGUCCCACAGGGAUAUGUUGUUUGGGGCAUUUUCCAGUAAAAUAUCAGAUAUAGAUCUGAGUAAGCUCUACACUGCCACAUCCCUUAUGCAGAUUGAUGACAACAUCAUGAGGAAAUUCCAUGGGCACAAUUCCCUAAAGGAGUACUAUGAAAAAGAAAGCUGUGUGCACUAUAUCCACAAUGUAAAUGUUCCACUGCUGCUGGUGAACUCAGCUGAUGAUCCCCUCGUGCACGACUCUCUGCUCACCAUCCCUCGUACUCUUGCGGAAAAGAAAGAGAACGUUAUCUUUGCUCUGACACUCCACGGUGGGCACCUGGGCUUUUUCGAGGGUGCCGUGCUAUUUCCUCAGCCACUCACCUGGAUGGACAAAGUGAUAGUGGGUUAUGCCAAUGCCAUCUGCCAGUGGCUGAAACAGAAACCGGCAUGCCAAAAUGGGCAGUCCAGCGAGAAGCAGUGCCCACAGAGUUAACCUUGACCUCGCCCUUACUUUCUACACUGUGCCACUUUCCCAAAUUCACCACAUGGACCACCAUCAUGACCACCACCAAACCUUCCUGACCAAUGCCACCUUACAUUUUAUUGUGUCAGUGCAUUCACCCUUACAGAAACAGUUCUAUACUGGGGAACAGUGUACAGUUUACACAUACACCAAACGAUUUAGACAUUACUGAGCGAGAGACUUGAAUAAGCGACACAAUGACCAAAAAAAAAGAGGAGGUAAUGUGUUUAAGUUUAGAGGAAGGCCAUCUUUGGCGUACUUUUUCUUAAAUAAACAACAGGUGAAUUAGAUCAGUGUAUCUAUCUUACAGAUUAAACUGUUGAAAAAGGGAACUAUGCUCAACUUAUCACUGCUUAGUAGAGGAGAGUCAUCACAACUAGCUAUAAAUAUAGUGCUUUUUGCAUUGAUCUAUGUAAUCUCACUCUGUGGAAAGUGACUGUUAUGCAGGCACUGUGUGCUUAUUGCCAUGAAAGCUAAGUUGUUUGAGGCUGUUUUGCUUUAGCGGAAAAGUUCUUUCACAGGUCUGGUCACGUAGUCAGAAGAAACCAAGUCAUGUCUCUCUGCCAGGAAUACUUAAUGAUUUAAGGCACUUAAAUGAUGAAUCCUGCAGAUAAAGAAAUCAGAUUACUCUCAACUUGAUUCUGCAUACCAAAUCAGUCAUAAGUUGGAUCCAAACACAUUCCUAUGGUUUCCCCAGUGUGAUAACUUUUGUUUCCUUGUUUUAUUGAAGCACUUUAUACUUUUGCCAUAAUAUUUUUUUUUGUAAGAUUCUGAGUUUUGAGGGUUUUGACAAUGCUAGAUAGAGUAAGAGCAUUUAGGAGGGAGACGUUGAUGACUCUUCAGUUAAAUGACUCAGUGAUCCCUCCUGUUGACCAAAGUACGUUCAUUUUCUUCAGUGGUGCAUGUGUAAAUGCUCUUUUUUUUUGCAUGUACAUUCCAUUGAAGUCAUGUACACCUUUUAUUUGGUCCCUAGAGUUAACAGAAUAACAUCAGGAAUUGAUUUGUCACUGCUUAUACUACACACAUUUUUUUUUUCUUUCUGUUUUUACUAGAUGGGGACCCAGUGGGAGACACAAGUAUCAAAGCUCAUGUCUGUGAAAACUGGCUCUUAGCUGCCUUUGGCACUUGUUGUGUUUUUGUGUUAGCUCUGAGCCGUACCGUGCACUGAGUAUCUAGGUUUUUACACGUGUCAUAUUGUAAUAUAGCCCCGUUGGACUUCGGUCCAGGUUCUCUUGUGUUGUGACAGGAAGCUGUACUAGGACCUUUGGGACAUGAUGGUUUAUCUACAGAUGAGUUGAGAUGAUUUUCUCUGUAUGCGUCAUGCAGAGUAACUGUUAGAAUAGGAUGACAGCGGUGGAAUACCGACAGCAGUAGCGAGAUGACAGCAGGUUCGAAGCGAAGACUUUUGCACGAUAAGGUUAUACAGCUGUGCUGUGAAUAUAGUCACCACCCACGUUCUCAAUUGUGAUAUUGACUUUAAAGGCAAUUAUGUGUACUAAUUAUCUGUUACUACAUGCAUAUUUUGAGAUCUCUCACAAAUGAAGAUAUCCUUUGACAGACUCAGAUAGGGGGAGUUUUUUGAAGCAGAAGUAGGAGACUGACAUUCAAGAUACAGUGUAAAGUUAUUCAGAAAUGAUUUGAUGGUUUCACUUCAUUAUUGUAUCAAGUCAUGAGCUCGCCACACUCAUUUUGUAGUUUUCUGUGGAAACAUGUGCCCACAGUCUCGAUAGCAGUGAUUGUCUUCCAAGUAUGGUUGCAGCACAGAGUCUCCUAUUGCCUGACUACAUACACCAUACUUCUGUGAUGGUUUGGACAUUUUAACGUGUGAGAUAUUGCCCUCACCCUAACUUAAAUUCCUUGGGUAAGCCUUAGUGAACGUGAUUUGUAAAUUUAAGAGAAGAAUCUGAGUGGAGUCGACCAUUCUAUGAUUUGUUGUGUCAUCCCAAAACUAUCAUUUUGGGCACCUGACUCAUUUGUAUAACGAGGACCCCUACUGGUGACUUGAUAUGGGAGCAACAUUGCUUUGAAGAAUAGGACAGUUUUUACGUUUGCUGUUGUGAAGAUCAGCUCUGCUGAGCUGCCAUAACAACCACACAUAGUUGAAUUCUAUCAGACCAUUUGUUGCCGUUGAUUCUAAGUGUUGUAUCUUAGAAACUGAAGCCAGCACUAUGUCAUUUUAACAUCACGGGCACCCCCUGUUGUCGGACUUUUGACAUUACACAGUACCUCUGGACUGGAAAUAGGCCUAGGCCUACAUGUUUGAUCAUUUGUGUCUUUGAAAUCUAAUAUUCAAGGACCUGUAACAACACAGGGCAUUUGCAUGGAAUGUGUAUUUCAACACUUUAUUGCAUUGAUUGUGACAGGGUAGUGAGGCCGGUCCAUGGAGAUUAUCUGUCUAUACCUGAUCUAUUUGGCCUCAAACACCAGCACAAAUCUAGAUUCUGAUAUAACUUGAUCAAACAAGUAUGCCUUCGUAGUAAUAGAGAGAGGUGUUGUGUCAAAAUGAGAGUAUGGUGAAGGUGCAACUUUUCUGUUUUCUAAAACUGUUUUUGAAUUUUUUUUUUUUUUUUUACUUCAAAUCCUAAUUAGCAACUUUUUUGUCAUAUUUAGUUUGAAAAGGAUGUAUUAUCUGCAUAUUUAUAUGAUUUUUCUUUUGCCCUGGAUGUAAAGGGCCAUGUAAUAUAGCAGUAAGUAUAGUUUGCUUGUGUUAAAGAGAAUCUCUGUUGAGCUAUGGGUGGACCCUGUCCACACCAACAGAGCUCACGAUUCAGUAAUGACCUAGAGACACUGGGAGCCCUCACUGAACUCAGCCUAGUAAUCAACUCAUUUAUAACAGGCCGAUGUUUUCAAUGAGUGAAAAAACCUUCAUGAAACUUUUAUUUUGGCACUAAUAACAGCAUAAUAACAACAUGCCGUAAAACGAAAUGACAAGUGUGUUUUUGUUCAUGAAAACAAAUGUUGUGUGAAUAAUUUAUGAAAAUACGGUUAUUGUGUUCCAAAAAUAAAUUAUUUUCUCGUAAA